CCCUGACGCAAGAAUUAUGCCGUUCGACCUUGGCGAACACUGCAGCAAGCCAGGCUGCCACCAGAACGACUUCCUGCCAUUUGCAUGCGACUGUUGUGCGGGUGUCUUCUGCCUCGAGCAUCGCACGUACGAUGCCCACUCGUGUCCCAACGCAGGCAGGAAGGACAGCCGCGCCAUCACGUGUCCGCUUUGUCGCGCAACGAUUCCACUGACCAACGACCAAGACGUGAACGUGAUCUUCGAGCAACAUACUCGCGCUGGAAAUUGCAACCCCGAAAGUUACAACGACAGGAAGAAGGCGAAAGCACGAUGUGAAGCCGAGAACUGCCGGGAAAUACUCACCGCGUCCAACACUAUGCAAUGCCCGACGUGCCGCAAGAAGGUGUGUCUGCGGCAUCGUUUCGAGACCGACCAUCAGUGCAAGCGCCAGCGUCACGUACCUCCCAGUCACCCGAAAGCAUCGACUACUCGCACGACUCCGUCAUCAUCGACUGCACAGUUGCAACAACGAUUGAAUAGCGUCGGCACCUCCGUUUCUUCCACCGUCUCGCGCUUGGUGGGCAAUGCCAAGAAUGCCUUUCCAGCCUCGACAACUUCUGCCGCCGUCACCACUUCGACCGACGCGUGUCCGAUCUGUCAACAGACAUUUCGAUAUACGUCGCAGUUGAUUGCACAUGUCAACAACGCUCACCCAGAUGUGUCUGGAAGUCGCGUAAGCUGCCCAUGAUCUACGAAUACCGUUGCCUUACAUUCGCGACUUUAGAAUGCGAGGCCCGCCACUGCCGUCGCCGCACCCCCCCCUGCCCCUGGCACCGCCGAAGCAUGCCCGUACUGCCGUGCCACGUUUUCAGAGGUUACGCAGCUCGUGGCGCAUGUCGAACGGGACCACGGAAAUGUACAAAACAAGUCUGAAUGCAUUGCCAUGUAGGAUAGAUAGGUAGAGGUAGCUAUGGUAGAAUGAUUAAGCCAUCAAGUAAGAUGGAUCGAAUUGACCUAAAGUGUCACCGCCAUCCCUAC